AUGAGACAACAUUUUAUUAUAAAUAUUUAUAUUGUUGAGAUUGUAGGUAAAAUCAAAUCACUGAUAGAGAUCUGUAAGAAAGGGGAAUUCCCUUGCAAGAUUACAUUAACAGACACAUAUUAUCUCAAUCAACAUGAUAAUACCUCUUUGCGCAUAGAUCCAUCUGUAUCGCUGGUGUUGGAAGGACAUACUGACUUACGAUACCUCCAGGCCAAUCCGGUUACCGGCGUGGAAUUAUUAAAUUAUCAUGUUAUACUGCCUGAGUACAUUCGAGAGUUGAAAUUAGCAGCGGUAAUUGGAAUCAAAGGAUUUGAUUACAAACAAUGGCAACAGCUCCAAAAAUAUAUGUCCGAUGUUGUUAAAAGAUAUGUUAGGUUUGAGCAAGAACCUUUUCUCGGAGGACUGAUAGCCUUGUCCGAGUUCGACACCUCUACAUAUACUAACCAUACAAAUGAAUAUUUACAAUGCAUACCGUCAGAAGAGGACAAACACCAAAGAUCGUCUCUGAGUUCUUAUAAUUCCUUAAAACAACAUGCACCAAGUGAAAAUGUGUAUGAUGUCAUACCCGAUAACAGACAUGCUGACUUGUCUACACUAUCAAGGGAGUGGAAACAAAGACUUAAUAUAACAGUUAAAAAUGAACCAGUUCAAAUUCAAUAUUCUGGACAUCGAGCAUUAGUAGCAACCAUGCCCAACGAGUCUGUUUUAAAUGCUCCGAAAGUUUCUUCACGACAAGUUUUAGCCCAAAACAUAGCACCACAUUUACCAAGAAGGAACAAAGAACGUAAUAAUCCAGGAGAGUCGUUGGAAACAAGGUUACCUGAAAUUGAUACGAUGACAAUUGCAGACAUAGGCAGACUUUUACAUCGAUUGCAUCUUGAUAGUUAUAUCCAAAUGUUUGCAGACUCUCUGGUUGAUGGAGUCAUUUUAAAAGAAUUCAACGAGGAUAUUCUAAAAGAUUUUGGAUUUUCACGGCUGGAAAUCAUCCGACUUAUGAAAUUUAUUCAGUGUGGUCAUGUCCCAAAGUGA